AUGGGUUAUUUCAAAAUAGUCUCCAUAUUCGUUCUCGUCGUCCUACUUUUCCCAUCUUUUCACCCCAAAUGUGGAGCUUCAGCUUCCGCUGAAGAGGCUGCUGCUCUUUUCAAAUGGAAAGCCAGUUUUUUGAACCAGAACAACAGCUUCCUAACCUCAUGGAACCUUCAAUCAGGCAAUGCCAAGAAUUCUUCUGUACUUCCUUGCACUUGGGCUGGUAUUUCCUGCAUUGAUGGAAGUGUCAACAGGUUGAACCUCUCAGAUUGGAGUAUUAAAGGUAGCCUCUAUGAUUUCCCGUUCUCAUCCCUCCCAAAUCUUGAAUAUCUUGAUCUCAGCUUUAACCAGAUCUUUGGAAGUAUACCAAAACAAAUAGGUAACCUGUCGAAACUCAUUUAUCUUGAUUUCUGGGCUAAUGAGCUGUCAGGCAAAAUCCCGCCUGAAAUUUGCAACUUGAGAAACUUGACUCAUUUAGAUUUUGAAAGUAAUCAACUUUCAGGUCCCAUUCCCGUGGUGAUGGGGAAUCUGAUUUCACUUCAGUUUCUUUACUUGUGUCAAAAUAAUCUUACAGGUGCAAUCCCAAAAUCACUAGGCAAUUUGACCAAUUUGAUUAUGCUGUAUCUCUAUGAAAAUCAACUUUCAGGUUCAAUUUUCAAAGAAGUGGGUGAUUUGAAAUUCCUUACCGAUAUGGAAUUAGGUGAGAACCAACUCAACGGUUCCAUUCCUAUUUCAAUUGGUAACUUGAGUAACUUGAAAACACUAUAUCUCCAAAACAAUCAAUUUUCUGGUUCAAUUCCGGUCACUUUUGGUAAUCUCAAUAGGCUGGUGAAUCUAAGCCUUUACCAAAAUCACCUAUCUGGUCUCAUUCCUCCAGUGAUAGGGAAUUUGAGCUCACUUCAAUUUCUUUACUUGUAUCAAAACAAUCUCACUAGUGCAAUUCCAAAGUCACUAGAUAAUUUGACCAAUUUGAUUGAACUGGAUCUCUCUGACAAUCAACUUAAUGGUUCAAUUCCUGUUUCAAUUGGCAACUUGAGUAUCUUGGAAGUACUGUAUCUCGAUACCAAUCAAUUUUCUGGUCCCAUUCCGGUCACUUUUGGUAAUCUCAAUAGGCUGGUGACUCUAAGCCUUUACCAAAAUCAGCUUUUUGGUCCCAUUCCUCCAGUGAUAGGGAAUUUGAGCUCACUUCAAUUUCUUUACUUGUAUCAAAAUAAUCUCACUGGUGCAAUUCCAAAGUCACUAGAGCUUGGAAACCUGAAUAAGUUGGUUGUUCUGAGAUUGUUUAGAAAUCAGUUCUCUGGUCCAUUGCCAGAACUAUUAUGCCAAAGUGGAAUUCUCCAAAACAUUUCUGUAGCUGAGAACAUGCUUACUGGUCCAAUCCCUAAAAGCUUGCAAAGCUGCUCAAGCUUAGUUAGGGCCCAUUUCAACGCAACUCUUGUGGUUGCAAAGAACAACAUCACGGGUGGUAUACCUCCAGAAAUUGGAAAUUUGACUCAACUACAUACACUUAAUCUUUCUUCGACUUAUUUAUCAGGGGAGAUACCAAAGGCAGUUGGGAAGUUAGCUUCUAUGCUUAAACUAGAUUUACAUGACAACCAGCUUACUGGUGGUAUACCUCAAGAAUUGGGAGUGUUAAUGGAGUAA